AUGGCUCAGGAGACCAAUCAGACGCAAGUGCCAAUGCUUUGCACUAUGGGCUGCGGUUUUUAUGGUAAUCCCCGCAGCAACGGCAUGUGCUCGGUCUGCUACAAGGAACACUUGCAGAGACAACAGGGCGGGGGCCGUUCCAGCCCCCCAGGUGAGAAAGGCUCGGUCACGUCAUCGCCAGUGGGGUUCCCGGGAGCAGCUGGUGUGUCGGUGAAGCGCACGACGGCGGAACCCAGCACGGAAGGGGUCACUCCUGCCGAGGAAAGGACAUCCAGGUAUGCUGACAGAGAAUCAGCUUGUCUCUGCAAACAAACACACAGACUGCUCAAUGGAAUCCAUUCAAUUGACAGUAAGCUGUUGCUCAAGAGGCUUUGGUUUAUCAUUGUGUUUUGGAGUUCCCUAGGCUUCCUCCUGGGCUGAAUAUUGGAUUAUGGUUUGUUGUUCACCUCAUUAUUGGUCUGAGUGUAUGUGUGUGUGUGUGUGUGUGUGUGUGUGUGUGUGUGUGUGUGUCUAUAGUCCCAGCCCAGUAACCCAGCAGAUGACAGCCAUGAGUAUCUCCCAGGAUACUGGAGCCACUGACUCAGACCGGGCUGAUUGGAACGAGGAAGAGGAGGAGGAGGAGGGGACAUCCAAAAACCCAGGUUAGAACAACUGGGGAGAAAAAGCUUGAUACUUUCUUGGUUUCCAAACUGUUUUCCAUGUCUACAUCAUCAGUAACGUUAUAUGGCAUGCCUCCUGCCUUGUCUUGUAAUACAUAACUACACUACAGCCACCCGAGGGUGAACAGCAACAGUCCUAUAUGGGUAUCUAUGUUUAAAGUUCAGUCAGAUGUUAUAUUUUAACAGAGCCAGUGGGGGAGGGAGCCCAGCCCUCGUCUGAUGGUGAUCAGACCCCUGACAAAAAUAAGAAGAAGAACCGAUGCUUCACCUGCCGGAAGAAAGUGGGCCUCACGGGUAAGACUGAAGAGGGUUUUAAGCUGGGUGGACACUACACGUUUUUAGCCUGAUCUACAGGCUCCCGAUCGGCUCCUGGCGCAUUUUCCCAAAUUGGAGGAAAUCGGAGCAAACCUGGAGUAAAACUUAGCGCUGCAGCCCGUAAAGUGUAAGUGCUGAUUUGCAGUUGAUUGCUGUCAUAGGCUCCUGGGCACUUACGGCGUCCCAAUACUUUUUCGGCAUGUUGAAUAUAUUCUGCCUCAAAUCGGCCAUUAUCGCCAAGUGUGAGCAGUGCUCAGAGCAGAUGCGAGGCAUGUCCCUCCGUCAGCCAAUCAGUUACUCAGAACAAUAAAUUAUUCUCUUCACCUACCUUACAAGUUCAUCUCUAACCAUUUUCUCUAACCAGUUUCCGUCCAACCUUUUUAUGUGAGUAAAGUACAUGUCGGAUAAAAAAUUAUGACAGACCUGAUGGAAACUGAAAAAUGUUCGGUGAACAUUGCAAAUGUCAACAAAACCAAAUACGCUAGACAAGGUGAGAUCUUUUUGUGUUGGUAAAAUAAAUUCUGCGAGUAAUGUUUGGUGGAAACGCUUUUAUGAGCAAAUAUUGAUAUAACCAUCAUAUGGAAGUAAACGUGGGGUCACGUGAUGACAUGUUGUGUGGUCCCCCACUAUGACUCGUCGGGAAAGCAUGCCGUUUAUUAGGAGGCUACAGAUAACUUAUUUUAUGAUGAACUUCACACAGUGGUGAAAGUGCAAGGUGAUGAGCUUGAUGCUCCUUUCCAAUAAAUAUCGAGGGUCUUAUUCUGGUGACAUGAUCAUCGAUGCGUGGCUGCCAUUUGACAAAUAAAAAUCUUGCUCUUUUGUCCAUAAUAAUCUCAUGUAGGCUAUACGUACGCUCUAGCCAACAGCGCGCAGAUUCAACUAGAGUGCACGUGCCAAGACCAGAGUGGGCACACUCUCUAUUAUAUAAGGCAUUAGUAGAAUUAAAUGCGAUGGAAACCCAUUUAACUUGUAUUUUUUUAUUCGGUACACGGGAAUUUAACUGCAAAGGGGAUUUUAUGUGCACUACGUCAUCACACACAGCCUUUUAUCUGCAACAAGUCAAUUUGAUGGAAAUACAUCUCUGGUGGGAAAAUGCACAUUGUUUCUAUGCACAUUUUUGAAUAUUUGCAUGGAAAUCUGUCUCCUGGGCUAUGUUACAAGUCUUAUUUAAACCUGUUCUUACCUCGAGCUCUUUCUGCAAAAUCGACAAUCCAUAUUGGCCUCUUUUCUGUAACCAGUCACAUGCCCAAAUUUGCCUCUUUCUUGCUUUUGUCUUCGCUUUUCCGGAGCAUGACAAUCGGUAGUGUCAUUUUUGGGGGGCAUACCGGAGCUCUUUUUUUAUAUUAUUAUUAUUAUUAUUAUUAUUAUUACAUCAUCAAUUGGUACCGAAAGGUAGCCUAAGCCUGUUGUAUGAUAUAAUUUUUGAAUAUACAGUCAUGGUCAAAAGUUUUGAGAAUGACAUAAGUAUUGGUCUUCACAAAGUUCGCUGCUUCAGUGUUAUGAGAUAUUUUUGUCAGAUGUUACUAUGGUAUACUGAAGUAUAAUUACAAGCAUUCCAUAAGUGUCAAAGGCUUUUAUUGACAAUUACAUUAAGUUUAUGCAAAGAGUCAAUAUUUGCAGUGUUGACCUUUCUUUUUCAAGACCUCUGCAAUCCACCCUGGCAUGCUGUCAAUUAACUUAUUGGCCACAUCCUGACUGAUGGCAGCCCAUUCUUGCAUAAUCAAUGUUGGAGUUUGUCAGAAUUUGUGGGUUUUUGUUUGUCCACCCGCCUCUUGAGGAUUGACCACAAGUUCUCAAUGGGAUUAAGGUCUGGGGAGUUUCCUGGCCAUGGACCCAAAAUGUCGAUGUUUUGUUCCCCGAGCCACUUAGUUAUCACUUUUGCCUUAUGGCAAGGUGCUCCAUCAUGCUGGAAAAGGCAUUGGUCGUCACCAAACUGUUCUUGGACGGUUGGGAGAAGUUGCUCUCGGAGGAUGUGUUGGUACCAUUCUUUAUUCAUGGCUGUGUUCUUAGGCAAAAUUGUGAGUGAGCCCACUCCCUUGGCUUAGGUGUUUUCCGGAUGCCCCAAACAAUCGGAAAGGGGAUUCAUCAGAGAAAAUGGCUUUACCCCAGUCCUCAGCAGUCCAAUCCCUGUACCUUUUGCAGAAUAUCAGUCUGUCCCUGAUGUUUUUCCUGGAGAGAAGUGGCUUCUUUGCUACCCUUCUUGACACCAGGCCAUCCUCCAAAAGUCUUCGCCUCACUGUGCGUGCAGAUGCACUCACACCUGCCUGCUGCCGUUCCUGAGCAAGCUCUGCAUUGGUGGUGUCCCGAUCCCGCAGCUGAAUCAACUUUAGGAGAUGGUCCUGGUGCUUGCUGGACUUUCUUGGGCACCCUGAUGACUUCUUCACAACAAUUGAACCUCUCUCCUUGAAGUUCUUGAUGAUCCGAUAAAUGGUUGAUUUAGGUGCAAUCUUACUAGCAGCAAUAAGCCUGUGAAGCCCUUUUUGUGCAAAGUAAUGAUGACGGCAUGUGUUUCCUUGCAGCUAACCAUGGUUAACAGAGGAAGAACAAUGAGCACCACCCUCCUUUUUAAAGCUUCCAGUCUGUUAUUCUAACUCAAUCAGCAUGACAGAGUGAUCUCCAGCCUUGUCCUCGUCAACACUCUCACCUGUGUUAACGAGAGAAUCACUGACAUGAUGGCAGCUGGUCCUUUUGUGGCAGGGCUGAAAUGCAGUGGAAAUGUUUUUUGGGGAUUAAGUUCAUUUUCAUGGCAAAGAGGGACUUUGCAAUUAAUUGCAAUUCAUCUGAUCACUCUUCAUAACAUUCUGGAGUAUAUGCAAAGUGCCAUCAUCAAAACUGAGGCAGCAGACUUUGAAAAUUAGUAUUUGUGUCAUUCUCAACUUUUGACCACGACUGUACAUGGCAUGCAAUGCAUCAUCCAGAUGUAACGAUUGCCUAUACCUACACAUAGUGGCUCAAAUUAACAUUUUCUAUCUAAAAAAAAAUAUAAAACACCAAAUUAUAAAGAAUUAUAGGCCAUAAUCACUGUCGAUCUUGAAUGAUAAUUAUUCACGUUAUACGGGUGAAGCGUCCAUGCUGCAUCUGCAUGCCAACCAUUUGAUCCCAAUCAGUUUCAUGGGAAUAUGCAUUUCGAUCUUAUUCUUCUUGAAUGAUGUAGGGCAGGCUAAGUAGUAAUUUUAGAGUAGAGGGAGUUAAGAAGCAUAUUAAAGGCCCAAAAUCUUGAUUUUUCUUUUGUUUUAUAUAUAUUUCCACACUAAGGUUGGAAUAAUGCUGUGAAAAUAGUCCCCUGUAGCUCAGUUGGUAGAGCAUGGCGCUUGCAACGCCAGGGUUGUGGGUUCGUUUCCCACGGGGGGCCAGUAUGAAAAUGUAUGCACUCACUAACUGUAAGUCGCUCUGGAUAAGAGCGUCUGCUAAAUGACUAAAAUGUAAAAAAAGAAGAAGAAAAAAAGAAAGUGAAAUGGUUAUAAUGCCAUUUUAGUGUAAGAGCUGAUUGAAAAGACCGCCUGAAAUUUCAGCCUGUUUUGGUGGGAGAAGAGUUUUGGCCUUCCAUGGUGACAUCACCAUGUGGUAAAUUAGAAAAAGAAAGAGUUCCAAACCUCUCUACCAGUAACAGCUAAUUUUCUGUUUUCCCCUCCCCGCUCAAAACACUCCCAGACAGUCCUAGCAAAAUACUUGCUUGAGAAAUUGCUCUUAGCUAAGAAGCUAUUUUUGACAAUUUUAAUUGAAAACAAUAACAGUAAGGCACUUAAUUGUAUACCCAGAAAUGAUUUGAUAUUGAGAUUAAAAACUGCUGCAUUGGACCUUUAAGCCUAAUGGCACGUGCUGUUGAGUUCUAACCAGAUCGAAAAAUAAUGCAACCAUUCAGCACAAUGAUAAUAAAAUGUCAUAAGUUGCCUAAUUGCGUGAUGUUUUUGGUCUAACGGUAGAGCCUAACGUUAUGCUAUUAUAUUCGGUUUGUUAUGUAGAUUACUAAUUAAUCAUUAAAAGAUAUAUCGAGACAUAUGAUUUAAACUUUCUAAACUUGAUUAAACCAGCACCAUUCUGAGAAGUGGUGGAGAGUCGCUCAGCUGUGCACUGGCUGCACUACACCCCUGAUAACAAUGCACAUAAAGGAACACAGCAUCUUCCUCGGUUGCCAUGAUGAUUUCCUUACUACACAUACACAAACCUGCCCAGCAAAUAUAGCCAGAUUUGGGCCCCAUUGUCCAAUCGUACUGUUGCGGAGGUGCAUGUACUUUACUGAUUACUAGUUCACUACGAUAUGGCUUGACUCAAUCGUUACAUAUGCAAGGUUCUCUGAUGGGUAGAGCCCGUAGAACUGGCAAAAAUGUUGUAGUGUAUUUCAGCCCUUCGGGCGCACACAUAUCGGGAGAGCUGAUGUUAGCUACUGCCAAGUUCGAAGGGUUUAUGAGGCAUUGCGCUUGAGUGCAAAGCAGUUUGAUUCUGAGUUUGAGUUUUUAGGUGUUUAAGAUUCAGACUAGCAUCUUUACCCGUGGGGAAAUAGAAGCACACAGGGCUUAGCAGUUAGUAUUUUUCAUACAUAACUGAUUUAUCUUUGUUACUACGCUUAGGCAGCUCUGAUUUGAUGCUCUCUCAAUGGGAUGUGUAUAUAUAUUCUUUUUUAAACUAAAUUCAAUCUAAUUUGAAUACACAGGAUUGAUCUCCAUGCCUAUUUGAACGUCAGAACACCAUAUUUAUCACAGUGCAAAAAUAGCACACAAGAGACCUAAAGACUGAACAUGAAAAAUAAAUAAAUAUAACUCACUAACUGUAAGUCACUCUGGAUAAGAGCGUCUGCUAAAUGACUAAAAUGUAAUACCAUGGUCCUUAUUGGCUGCCACAUGCUCCCGAGUGGCGCAGUGGUCUAAGGCACUGCAUCGCAGUGCUAGCUGUGCCACUAGAGAUCCUGGUUCGAAUCCAGGCUCUGUCGUAGCCGGCCGCGACCGGGAGACCCAUGGGGUGGUGCACAAUUGGCCCAGCGUCGUCCAGGGUAGGGGAGGGAAUGGCCGGCAGGGAUGUAGCUCAGUUGGUAGAACAUGGCGUUUGCAACGCCAGGGUUGUGGGUUCGAUUCCCACGGGGGGCCAGUAUGAAAAUAAAAUAAUGUAUGCACUCACUAACUGUAAGUCGCUCUGGAUAAGAGCGUCUGCUAAAUGACUAAAAUGUAAAUGUAAAAAUGUGUAUAUAUAUAUAUAUAUAAAAAAAAAAAAAAACCGUUUCUUUUGUUUUUUCAAUAUUUGCGUAUGUGUAUUUCAUAUUGCCUAUUCUAAGCGUAGGCUACAGCUUGUUGUAUGUAGGUAGUCUACCUAUCACAUUGCUGUUGAUGUAGAGAGCAACAUACUGCAGGCUAGUGGUGCAUUUCACGGUCCACUGCAUUUCACAGUGUACUGCUGGCUUGCGCUCUACUGUGGCGUUGGCCUCUCUUGGAAGAGCCUUGUGCUCACCACCCUCUAAGUAGGCACACUAGUACUACACAUCUCAGGUUCUCGUCUUGGUCCAGUUGGUUGGAACUGACCUUGGAGACUCUUGAGACGUCGAUAUGGUUGGCUGUUAACUUUGUCCAUCUCCUCACUCACUAGGCUUCGACUGUCGCUGUGGUAACCUGUUCUGCGCCAUUCACCGCUACUCGGACAAACAUGACUGUCCUUACGACUACCGAGGUGCUGCCGCGGCCCGCAUACGCAAGGAGAACCCUAUCGUGGUGGCUGAGAAGAUCCAGAAGUUAUGA